ACUAUAGUUAUGUCUAGGAAUUACAUAAAAGAGCUUUUGAAGCCUCUUCGUGAGAGUAAAGUAGUUGGUGGGUUCCUAAGGUGGUUAAAGCCUGCUGGAAGUGUUGAUACUGCAGGUGUUUGGGACGGGGAAAAUAAGGCUCCGGCGACUCGGAAUGGUGUUGCUCAAUACAGCACUGGAGUGCGAAAGGUGACACUAAUUCCUGGCCACGGCAUCGGGCCUGAAAUUACUGUUGCGGUGCAAAAAAUCUUUGAAGCUGCUAAAGUGCCUAUUGAAUGGGAUGAAGUGGACGUCACAGCUGUUAGGGGUCCAGAUGGCAAGUUUGGCAUUCCCCAAAAAGCUAUAGACUCAGUGAAUGCUAACAAAAUAGGCUUAAAGGGUCCCCUAAUGACUCCUGUGGGUAAGGGUUACAGAUCCCUUAACUUGGCCCUAAGGAAGGAAUUUGAUCUGUAUGCAAAUGUGAGACCAUGCAAGAGCUUGGAUGGAAUCAAAACAUUAUACGACAACGUAGACGUGGUGACCAUCAGAGAGAACACCGAGGGCGAGUACUCUGGCAUAGAGCACGAGAUCGUCGACGGAGUGGUGCAGUCCAUCAAACUGAUCACGGAGGAGGCGAGUAAGAGGGUGGCGGAGUUCGCGUUCCAGUUCGCCAGAGACAACAAGAGGAAGAAGGUCACCGCCGUACACAAGGCUAAUAUUAUGCGUAUGUCUGACGGUCUGUUCCUGAGGUGUUGCCGCGAGCUGGCCACCAAGUACCCCGACAUCAAGUUCGAGGAGCGCUACCUGGACACCGUGUGCCUCAACAUGGUGCAAGACCCCUCCAAGUUUGAUGUCCUGGUGAUGCCGAACUUGUACGGCGACAUAAUGUCGGACAUGUGCUCGGGGCUCGUGGGCGGGCUCGGCCUCACGCCCUCCGGCAACAUCGGCAAGAACGGAGCGCUCUUCGAGUCCGUGCACGGUACCGCCCCUGACAUCGCGGGUAAAGAUAUGGCCAACCCUACAGCUCUCCUACUCUCUGCCAUUAUGAUGUUGCGGCACUUACAACUCAAUGAACACGCAGAUCGCGUACAGAACGCUUGUUACGCAGUGUUGCGAGAGGGCAAGAGUCUCACAGGCGAUCUUGGAGGCACUGGAAAAUGCAGCGAAUUUACUAACGCUAUUAUUUCAAAAUUAUAAAAGAAUUGAUAUAUUUGAGCACGCAAUAUGCAUAAUUCAAUAUGUGAACUUUUUGAAGAUAAUGUGCUUAGAUUAUGAACUCAUUUGAAAAUCCUCGAAUACUAACAUGCCUAUAAUGAUGUAAGUUCUUAAUAGGUAAUUCAAUAUUGAAAAUCAUUAUACCAAAGCCUAUACCAGUAUAGAAUUAAAGUAACAAAAUAGCGAAAACAAUACUAUUUUGUGAUGAGAUUAUAAAUACGUGUCUUUUAAUUGUUAUGUAAAUAUAACUGGUUACGUAGUUUUAGAUUAUGCAUAUGAUGUUUAAAAGUCGAUUAAUUAAUAUUAUUUAAAUAUAUCAUACCAACCAC